AUGAAACCUAAUGAUGUUCUAUAUGAUGUAUUUGCUGGAGUUGGACCAUUUGCUAUUCCCGCUGCUCGUAAAGGAAUUAAAGUAUUUGCGAAUGAUUUAAAUCCAGAAUCAUAUAAAUGGCUACAGAAAAAUAUUAUCAUUAAUAAAGUUAAAAAAAAUAUACAAUCUUUUAAUAUAGAUGGUAGAGAUUUUUUAAAAACCAUUUUUAAGGCUGAUAUUUUAAACAGGCGAGCUACUAAUAAAGUUGGUAUGGAACAUAUAGUAAUGAAUUUACCAGCACUUGCUGUUGAAUUCUUGGAUGUAUUUUUUGAUUCAUUUAGUGAAAAUGAGAUUAAGCAAAUGUGUUGUUGGCCACCAACUGUUCACUUAUAUUGUUUUAUAAAAACAAAUAAAGGAGAAGAUGCUUGUAAACUGGGACAAUUGUUGGUAGAACAGAAACUUGGUUGUAAAUUGAGUCCUGAUUCUUUAAUUGAUUUACAUUUUGUCAGAAAUGUAUCUUUAAAUAAAGAUAUGAUACGUGUAUCAUUUUUAUUAACUGAAAAUAUAUUAAAAGGCGAGGCGCCAGCAAUGAAGAAAUUAAAGAUGGAAAAUAAUUUUGAUGUACUUGCAACAACAGUUCGUGGUAAUAGGCUGAAGGUGAAAGCACAAAAAGUGUUAACUAAUUUAAAAAAGUUGGAUUUGAAAAAAAAUGAAGCAAGUAAAGGAAAUAAGGAUAAAGCAGCACAAAUUGAUAAACAACUUGAAGAAUUACGUAAGGAAGUAUAUCAGUCCAAACCAAAAAUAAAAGUAACUAAUGCAAAGCAAGGAGGAAGAAAGAAAAUGCAGAAUGCAGCACCAAUACAAACAGAUGCAACAACUUCCUUGGUGGAGAAAAUGCAAAUUUGA